GUAUAAAACGACAGUCUUAAAAAAUGGUGUAAACUGUUCGCUGUUAAUUAGGUUUGUAAUUAUUCGUGUCCAUUUUUAAUCUCCCCGUUCGAUAUCCCGUUACAUUUAAUUCGUUUUUGACGCGGUCUCAAAGAGAAAGUCGUUCCGAGGAGAUACAUAAAUGCAGACUUUGCUAAUUUUAGCAAAUCUAAUUAAUUGAGUAAAUUAAGGUGACAUUCAUUUCGACGAACUCUCACGUGAUUUGUUUGAUACGAUCCAAGCAAGUUAAUAAGUCUUCAUUCCCGUUCUUAACCACCUAUUUACCUACUUAUAAAUAUCGUAUUAACUUCGCUGCUCAUCUUCGCAGUGAUCAGAACAUUUCUUAAACGUGUCGCGGUACCAUCACCCAAGAUUUCAAUAAUGAAAGGGCGCAUGUGUAUAUUUUUAUUCGUGCUAGUCAAUAGUGUACUGUCAAGAGCCGAGGAUGAUCCGAUAUCGGAACCCAAAGUAGGCGUGGAUCCUAUUACGAAUAACUUAAAUGGCAAUUCGAACAGCUACGCAAAACCAACAACAGAGCAGGUCGAGUUCGAACCAGGAGUACCUCCAGGUUGGUCCAAAUUGCCUAGUAAAGCCACUACCAAACGUCCGCGUCGUACUUACAAAACGACCCCAUUUCCUCUUGGGCCAUCAAAACUCCCAAUUUAUAAUGAAGAGCAGACUAUAACUGACACGAAACCCGUAGGUCAACCAAGCUCCACUACAUAUCCUCCGGGUGUUUCACCACCACAGCCCACUAUCGUCGACGGCGGUACAGGAGGUGUUGUCGAUUGGGUUUUAAAUGCACUUGGCAUUAAACCUAAUGAUAAGCCGAAUUAUGGAAGCGCCAAUAAUGUAGGAAUAGCAAACGAAAAUGUUAGGUGUCCCAAAUGCGCUUGCGGUUUAACAUACAAGCACAACAGAAUUGUGGGCGGCGUAGAGACUCAAGUAAACGAGUAUCCUUGGAUGGUGGUAUUAUUAAACAAUAAUCGGUUUUACUGCGGAGGAUCUGUGAUUAACAACAAAUUCGUAUUAACGGCGGGGCAUUGUGUUAAUGGGAUCUCCAAAGAAAGACUUCUGGCCGUAUUUCUCGAUCAUGAUCGAUCAACUUCUCAGGAAACUAAAACGUUCUUUAGGCGCAUCACUAAGAUCAUCAAUCACGGAGCGUACGGAAUAGGCGCAUCAUACAAUAAUGACAUCGCGCUACUAGAACUGGAGCAUCCCAUUAGCUUUGAUGGAAUUCUUAAACCAGUUUGCCUACCGUUGGCAGGAAAGAGUUAUUCGGGGCACACAGGUAUUGUGACAGGGUGGGGAGCAACAGCGGCGCAAGGAAGCGUCUCCAACAAACUGCGAGAAGUGCGAGUUCCUAUUCUAUCUCAUGAUGACUGUCAAAGAACCGGUUACGGAAAGAGGGUAACAGAAAAUAUGGUAUGCGCCGGAUACCCCCAAGGUGCAAAGGAUUCUUGUCAGGGAGAUAGCGGUGGUCCAAUGCAUGUGGCAAACGGAACUCAUCAUUUUGUAGUUGGAAUCGUUUCAUGGGGAGAGAGUUGUGCAAAACCCAACUAUCCAGGAGUUUACACUAGGGUUAAUCGAUUUUUGAGUUGGAUACAAGGAAACACAAAAGGUGCCUGUUACUGUUCCUAAGCAGUUAAUGUCAUUUUUGCCAGAUUUUUUCAUUUUGUCUUUUACUAGUCUUAUUACCCUUUUUUUAAUUUAAUUUGCGUUUUAUUGA